AUGCGGAGCAGGAAUACCGAUCAGAUCUUGAAGUCAUUAGCCUAUACUAUUACAGUCUUUUUCCUGAUAACAGCUUGUCUUGCAGGUGAAUUUUCUGAAACUGAAACCGAAUCGUUCUUUAAUUUCGUUCGAGCUAUUGAUCCUGAAAACGUGUUAGGAAUUAGCUUGAACGAAACAAUUCCGAAUCCAUGCUCAGAUAAGUGGAAAGGUGUGAAAUGCAAUUUGAAGACUGCUACUAUAACAGAAAUCAGGCUUGAAAGUUUGAAUCUUAGUGGGAUAAUCGAUGCGGACUCCCUUUGCAAGCUUCAAAACCUGAAGGUUCUUAGCUUGGCAAAGAAUCUCAUUCGCGGAAACAUUCCUGAUUCGAUAUCUAAUUGCAGAAAGCUCGUGUACUUAGAUUUAAGCAGCAAUCUUCUGACGGGAAAGUUCCCUAUCGCUCUUACCAAGUUGAAACAUCUCAGGAUCCUGAACAUCUCCGAAAACCUGGAAUUCAAGCAUUCGGAUAACCUGCAAACUACGAGGCAGAUAUAUUAUCUUCGAAAACUGUUAAAUGUAGGGGAAGAUUCCGCGCAGCCUCCAAGCAGUGACAAGCCUAAUUCUGAAAUGAAAGAAUGGUACAGAUCAGUAAAAGAUUUGUUGCCAAUUAUUAUUGGAAUUCCAUUCAUUUUUGCCCUCUUGGUGGUAAUCUAUUCAAUAAAUGCGCGUGCUACUAAAUCCGCGCAAAAUAAAAAAAUCUUGAAAUCUUUAGCACAGACUCCUCAGAAUAACAAUCCACCACCUGAGGCUAAACCUGACGAAGAUGAACGGACAGAGCUCGUGUUUUUCGUGGACGAGCAUGAAACUUUCAAAUUGGAUGAUCUUUUUGAAGCCACAGCUAACUUACAGAGCCACACUCAUUACAGCAGCCAGUACAAGGAACCUCUAAUUAGCGAAUACGGAUUAACAAGUUUCUCGGAAUCCAAGAAAUCUCCUAAUUUAUACAUCUCCAAUGGCUAUACAGCACCUGAGAAAACUUCAUCAGAACAGGGAGAUGUUUUCAGCUUUGGAAUAAUUUUGUUGGAGUUGCUAACGGGAAAAACUGUCGAAAAUAGCGGGAUUGAUCUUCCGAAAUGGGUAAGAUCCAUGGUAAGAGAAGAAUGGACAGGAGAAGUUUUCGACAAGGAAGUUAAUAAAAGUGGCAGAGAAUUUGCAUUUCCAUUGUUGAAUAUUGCACUUAAAUGCGUGUCCAAUUCGCCUGAAGAUAGACCAACGAUGGCGGAAAUCACGGAGAAGAUUGAAGAAAUUGGGGACGAUGAUGUUUCAAUUUCAUCCAUGGCAUCAAUAGAAUCUAGCACACGCGAAUGUUGUUUGCUUCACACUGUAAUUCCUGAAGCCUGGGAUACUCCAGGCUCAAAUUACUAA